GCCGGGUGCGGGGCUGGCUGGCGGCGCGCGUGCCCCGCGGGCAGGCACGGCACGGCACGGCGCGGCACGGCACGGCGGGUGCAAACUCGCGGCGCAGCGUGUGCUGCGGACGUGUGCGCGGGGAGCGGGAGCGAGGCGGGCAGGGGGAGCGGCAGCGGCGGAGACAGGAGGGGACGAACCGCCGCACACUUUCGCCACUGCACGGGAGAGGGGGACGGAGGCUGCAUGUGCACAGCGUCGCUCGCGGAUCUCCAAAGACUGAUCUCAGCAUCCCGCAGGUUCAAUCAAAAGCAGCGACGAAACAUCAGCCGCUGCCAGACAUGGAUGAAGGAAUCUCCCGCUUGCCGGAGCGGCAGCUACUGGAGCAUAGGGAUUUUAUAGGGCUGGACUACCCAUCCCUGUAUAUGUGCAAACCCAAAAGAGGUGUGAAGAGGGACGAGAGCAAGGAAACGUACAAACUGCCACAUAGACUGAUAGAAAAGAAGAGGCGAGACAGGAUUAACGAAUGCAUUGCCCAGCUGAAGGAUUUACUGCCCGAGCAUCUGAAAUUGACGACGCUGGGACACCUGGAGAAAGCGGUGGUGCUGGAAUUGACUUUGAAACACUUGAAAGCGCUAACAGCCUUAACGGAGCAGCAGCACCAGAAGAUCAUUGCUUUGCAGAACGGGGAGCGGUCCAUGAAGUCUCCCGUGCAGGCCGACCUGGACGCCUUCCACUCGGGCUUUCAGACGUGCGCCAAAGAAGUGCUGCAGUACCUCUCCCGCUUCGAGAGCUGGACUCCCCGCGAGCAGCGAUGCGCCCAGCUCCUCGGCCACCUGCACUCCAUCUCCUCGCAGUUCCUCCCCGGCCCCCAGCUCCUCUCCCCGCCGCCGGGCCCCCUCAGCAAGGGAUCCUCCUCCUCUUCCUCCCCGCCCGCCCCCCCCUGCGUGCCGGGCCACAAGCCGGAGGGCCAGGCUAACUGCGUGCCCGUCAUCCAGCGGACUCACGCCGCCGAGCUCAGCGCCGAGACCGACACGGACACGGACAGCGGCUACGGCGGCGAGGGCGAGGCGCGCACAGAGCGCGGCUCCGCGGCGGCGGCGGCCGGGGGAGCGCUGCCCGCCCUGGCCAUCAAGCAGGAGCCGUCGGGGGACGAGGCGCCCCCUGCGCCCAAGCGGCUGAAGCUGGACCGCGGCGGCAGCCCCCUGCCCGGCCCGCCGGGGCUGGCCGUGCGGGGCGCCGAGGCGGCGGCGGCGGCGGCGCUGGUGAGACCCGACGCCGCCCUGCUGGGUUCGCUGAUGGCCCUGGGGGCGGGCGGCGGCGGGGCCCCCUUCGGACAGCCGGCGGCGGCGGCCCCUUUCUGCCUGCCCUUCUACUUCAUCUCCCCCUCCGCCGCCGCCGCCUACAUGCAGCCCUUCCUUGAUAAAGGCAGCCUGGAGAAGUAUCUCUACCCCGCCGCUCCCAUCCCGCUCCUCUACCCGGGCAUCCCGGCCCAGGCGGCCGCCGCCGCGGCCGCCGCCGCCGCUUCUUUCCCCUGCCUCUCCUCCGUGCUCGGCCCCGCCGAGAAGGCGGCCGCCGCCGCCGCCGGGCUGCCCCCAGCGCCCCACCUCCUGCACCCCUUCGGUGCCGCCGCCGGGCUGGCAGCCGCCGCCGAGCCCGGCGAGGAGGCCGAGACCGCAGCCGCCGAGGAGCCCUGCGCCGAGGGUCCGUGAGACGCCGCCGGCCGGGAGCCCCCACGGGCUCCCCGCCGCCGCUGCCCUCCCCUCGGACUGGCCGCCCCGCCGCGGGGCGGGGAGGGGCCGUCGGGCCGGCACCUGCGCCCCCCGGUUUCCUACGGAGGGCAGGGCGGCGUCUGCAAGGGGUCGCCGGAGCUGGGCCGGGUCGGGCCGGGAGCUGGCGGCCGCGGGGUGGCUGGGGCCCGGCCUGGGGGAGCGGCCGCUCCCGCGGGGAGUCCCGCACCCCGCUGCCGAGGCGACUGGUCCUGGUGCUGCCCCCGCAGAGGACCGGACCGUCAAGGAUAAAAUUUGCUACUCAGUAUUUUUUUAAUGUUUGGCUUUAUAAAUGCAUAAAUAUGUUAAGGAAAAAAAAGAAGAAGGAAGAAAAAAUAGUAAGGAUACUUUUUUUUUUCUCUCUAUAAGGUAACUUAAAUGUUGCACCUUAUUUGGAAUGGGUUUAUACCGUGUCCCUGAGUCCCACUUGGGAACUUGCACUUGUUGUCCAGGAGACCUGGGUGGGCUCAGGGCGAGAGCAGGGGGUGAGGCGAGGGGAGAAGGGCAGACCCCAGCACCUGUGCUAGCACUUUAUUGAGAACGGGAGCGAGGAUGGACGGACCCUGAGCCCAAACCUGCAGUGCCUUGAGCACCCGGGGAUGCCGCUGGCUCCAGCGAGUUUUGGGUGUGCAAGGGAAGGAGGGUCAGACCCAUUAUGUCACCUUGUGUUUUUUAUUUUUUUUUUUUUUGGCUAAGGUAUACAGGUGUGGCAAGUGCAUUUGUUCUCACCCAGUCUUUAUUUAAUUCAGUAUGUUCCUGAGAGAUUUUUCCCCCCAAACCUUGCUGUAUAAAAUGAAUGUUUCUGCACUGAACUACAGAAAGAACCUCCCCCCCCUUCCCCCAAGAAAACACAGAGCAACUCGUCAGCCCAAACUCAUUUUAUCCUAAAUUCUGAAUGACACAAACUGGAGGCCGUAGGUAAACGCCUCACUGUGCAAUCAGAAAUGAUUAGACCGGUUGGGGUAAGUUUCCCAUAUGGAUUCUCCCCUCAUCCCAUGCUCAAAUAGCACGAUUUCCCUUUUCUGGAGACAAACCAAGAUGCCAGAUAAUCACACAGAUAAAGCUUUUAUAAUAAGGCUUAAACCAAGACCUUGCCUAGAUAUUUUUAGUUUGUUGCCAAGGUAGCACUGUGAGAAAUCUCACUUGAAUGUUAUGUAAGAGGUGAGACACAACAGCCUGGCGAGGAGCGAGUACGUACCCGGGGUCUGUCAGUCCGUUUGGUGCAUCUGCUGCUGCUGUUGCUACUGUUUGCCUCAAACGCUGUGUUUAAACAACGUUAAAAAAAAAAAUCUUUACUAGCCUACAGAGUGGCUGUGUGUAAAUAGUUGUUAAUACAUCCAAUUAAUGAUGUCUGACAUGCUAUUUUUGUAGGGAGAAAAUAUGUGUUAAUGAUAUUUUGAGUUAAAUAUCUUUUGGGAGGAUUUGCUGAAAAAGUUGCACUUUUGUUACAAUGCUUAUGCUUGAUACAAGCUUACGCUGUCUUAAAUUAUUAAAAAAAAAAUAAAUCCUGUCUGCAAGAAA